AUCUCUAUUUGAAUUUUCUCUUCCUCCAAAAUGGCUGCGCAAAAAACGGUGUACAGAAAUUCAGAAGUGAAAAGCAGAGUUAACGAAAGGCUUUCUAUGUCUGUUUUGGAGUCAGGAAAAGUUAUUCAGAGUAUUGUGAAAAACUCAAAGAACAAAGAUAUAAUCCACCAAGCAACAAAACAAUUUUCCAAUCUUGACAGCUCACUUACUAAUAUGGAGCAAAACCUGAACAAUAUAGAAAAAAUGAUUAAAAAGAUGGAAGUACAGAAAAUAGCUGCAGAACACAAUUUACAGGCCAUACAACAGAUGGCAAUGAAGUUGCAUGAAAUCUAGAAGGCUGUCACCUGCUUAUGCUGGUAACAUGGCACUAGAAGGUGGUCUGCAGUAUGUUUCUCAGACCUUCAUGCAUGACUGCCAAGUUUGAUCCUCUUAAUGCAAGAUGAUCACAGUAAAAGGAUGAAGUUGAUAAAUCACUUUCUGUUUGUCUUGCCACAAUAAAAGAAAAGGUAUGCAUUCGAAAAAGGAGUACAAAGAGACAGAUUUAAAUCAGGGUUACUGGUAAAAUUUUGUGUUGCUGGAUGGUGAUAUGAUGAAACUAG